GGAGGAGGAGUAGCUGUUGCAGUAACAACAUCCUGGAUAUUGGAGCCUGGCGGCGCACACGGCUACAGAAAUAAAGGAGGAACGAAGACGUAAGGGAGGCGCUGGUGGAAAUCGCAAAUGCUUCAGUGUAUAGAAGCAGGGACAUGAACGUGAACUUGGCAACUUUCAGGCAUUAAUCGUGGAUUUAUGGUUUAUGGCGCCGAUUUAUCCUGAGGCACCGACAAGGUGAUGCAGCAGCGGCAGGACGGGAUCAGACCGCUACACGGCUGCCAGCUGAAUGCCUUUACUGAAGGAAAAAGGCGCAGCACACGUCCAGCGCAGGCCGGCUUGAUCUUUCAUUAAAAUAGGACAGUAUAUAGAGAGGAUCACCCAGCAGCUGGGAUACACCCGUGGUUUACUUUCAUUAUUGUGUCGGCUCUCCGGUUCAGAGACGCUGCCACGGCAUCAAGCGGAUCAGGCCUGUGUUGAAACACCGUGCACGCUUCGCGAAAUUUACCGUUGAAUACGCAUAAUGUGACGUAAACUUUUAUCGUUAACACGCAAAACGGACGCACCUAGUGCUGUAACGUUGUGUUUACUAUCUGCCUGGCCGGUUUUCUGUAUGUUUACUUCGUUUGCGGCAGUUUUGUCUUAUCAAACUGCUGUCCCUUAUCGAUAACAGAUUAUUGUAUUGCUAGUUUACGAUAAAUAAUUCGAGGGUGGGCUCGCCGUUUAUCGUGAAGAUAACGACUCGACCCAACCCGCCUGACACAGAGAAGCUUUCGGAUCAAAGCGAGGAUCAUGGAUCAGAAUGAUAAAAAGAGCCUCACGAGCAAGUGGAAUCAGUUGUGAUCUACAGGACAACUCCAUUUCAAAGAGAUAAGCAGAUGUUCGGCAGUAAAGCUCUCGUUACCGCAAUGAGAUAAUAGCGUGGCUUACACAAGCAGCCUUGACACUUAUCCCGCCAUAUUCCAGUUCAUCAUCAAAAUAUGACCACGCCGGCUCUAUUGCCACUAUCGGGACGUAGGAUACCUACCCUCUCGCCAGGUGCCUCCUCAUUCCCCCAUCACAGAGCCACCUUACGGCUCUCAGAGAAGUUCAUCCUCCUCCUCAUUCUCAGUGCCUUCAUCACCUUGUGCUUCGGAGCGUUUUUCUUCCUCCCGGACAAUUCCAAACACAAGCGCUUUGACUUUGGUUUGGAGGACGUGUUGAUACCGCACAUCGAAUCGGAGAAGGAGGCAAGGCACAGCAGCAGACAGGUCAUACAUGGCGUGGGAGCUCACGACGAGCAUCGACACAGGGAGGAAGAGGAAAGCCUUCGUGACAAGAUCCGGGCAGAUCAUGAGCGGGCACUGCAGGAAGCCAAGGAAAAGCUCCGUAAAUCCAAAGAGGAGCUGAAGGCAGAGAUCCAGACAGAGAAGACCAAGGUAGCCGAGGACCUGAAGAAGAAAGAUGGACCCAAACCACUGCCUCCAGUACCUAUGCCCAAACUGGUAGGGGUCAACGAUGGUGACCCAGGGGACCCUGACACCAAGGAAAAGAGGGAUAAAAUCAGAGAGAUGAUGAAACAUGCGUGGGACAGCUACAGGCAAUACGGCUGGGGCCACAACGAGCUCAAACCCAUCGCCAAGAAAGGACAUUCCACCAAUAUCUUCGGUAAUUCCCAGAUGGGGGCCACUAUAGUAGACGCCCUGGAUACUCUUUACAUAAUGGGCCUCCAUGAUGAGUUCAAGGAUGGCCAAGAGUGGAUCGAGCAAAACUUGGAUUUUAGUGUGAACACAGAAGUAUCUGUCUUUGAGGUCAACAUCCGCUUUAUUGGAGGGCUUCUGGCUGCAUACUACCUCUCCGGACAGGAGGUUUUUAAGGUGAAGGCUGUCCAGCUGGCAGAAAAGCUGCUUCCUGCCUUCAACACCCCAACAGGCAUCCCUUGGGCCAUGGUCAAUUUGAAGAGUGGAGUGGGCCGUAACUGGGGCUGGGCGUCAGCUGGAAGCAGUAUUCUGGCUGAGUUCGGGACACUGCACAUGGAGUUUGUGCAUCUGACAUAUCUGACCGGAAACCCUACUUACUAUCAGAAGGUGAUGCACAUACGGAAGCUGCUGGCUAAGAUGGACAGACCCAAUGGGCUUUACCCUAACUACCUGAACCCACGCACUGGACGCUGGGGCCAGCAUCACACCUCAGUAGGUGGGUUGGGUGAUAGUUUCUAUGAAUACCUGUUGAAGGCCUGGCUGAUGUCUGAUAAAACGGACACAGAGGCACGCAAGACCUACGAUGAUGCCAUUGAGGCUAUCGAACGCCACCUCAUCCGCAAGUCCAACGGCGGCCUUACUUUCAUCGGGGAGUGGAAAAACGGACACUUGGAGCGUAAGAUGGGUCAUCUGACUUGCUUUGCUGGAGGCAUGUUUGCCCUAGGGGCUGAUGGGUCACCGGAUGAUAAAGCUGGACACUAUCUGCAGCUCGGAGCAGAGAUUGCACACACCUGCCAUGAAAGCUACGAUCGCACUGUGCUGAAGCUCGGUCCAGAGGCCUUUAAGUUCGACAGCGGGUUGGAGGCAGUGGCUGUGAGACAGAACGAGAAGUACUAUAUCCUGAGGCCUGAGGUCAUCGAGACGUACUGGUACAUGUGGAGAUUUACCCACGACCCCAAAUACAGACAGUGGGGCUGGGAAGCAGCGCAGGCUAUAGAUAAAUACUGCCGAGUAAGUGGAGGAUUCUCUGGUGUUAAAGACGUCUACUCCUCUAACCCCACCUACGAUGACGUCCAGCAAAGCUUCUUCCUGGCUGAAACGCUCAAGUAUCUCUAUCUGCUUUUCUCCAGCGAUGAGCUGCUGCCUCUUGAGAACUGGGUGUUCAACACAGAGGCCCACCCUUUGCCCAUCCUGCACCUGGGCAACAUCACCCUGCCUGGCAGCGAGACCCAGCGGUAGAGCGGACUCACCGGGGGGGGCACACUCCCCCCUCGCUCGCCCCUUUUCUAAACGCCUCCCUCCUUGUCAAAGACAGCAGCUGCCAGUGCAAAGGAGAGGAGAGAACUGUACCCACCAACCACUGUCUCCUCCUGGACUGUGAACCAUGGGACUGCAGCGAACGGAGGAGACCGGAACAGACCGAACUCUCUUUAUCUAUACGUCUCUCAUAUAUUCUCUGAAGGACUGACUGCCGGAUUGAUCACGUGCAUCUCUCUGGUCUGUACACGCAUUAGCGGACUAAAAGACCUUCUGAAAUGGAUGUGUGUUUCUCACUGGGGAAGGAUUUUAACAAGUUCAUUCAUUCUUUUUUCUUUUUUUUCCCUCUCUUUCCAAUCUGGCGGCUUUUCAUAUCAUCAGCUCAGCGCUAAAUCAUUUCAAAAUGAUGGAUAAAUGCUUUCAGACCAGACCGCCUUCAGAGCCUUUCUGAGGCUCCUGGAGAUGGCAGAUGUUGGAUGUGACCUCCUGUGAAAUCUUUCUCCAGCUAAAGGCUGAAUUUAGGCCAGAGGAAUGUUCUUUUUUUCCAGGAUUUCUCUUCAAACAGUCGCUCCAACAAGGUUAGCGGGUAAAAAGGGACACGUGCUGCUAUCAAACAGCUGCUGCCUGUGACACAGUCACCACCGUCAUUCCAGAAACCUGCGCUUUCUGCGUCAUUCCCAUCUCUUUUUUUCAUUUAUUGCGAAUGCCAUUCACACUGCGUUCUGAAACACGGACGAGCUGGUGUUUGGUUUUUGCAACACAAUGAAUCAGUAACUGUAACUUGUGAGAAGUCGCAGUGCUGUAGAUGCUAACGCUCACGGCCGUUUGUUUUCAUUUGUCGAUGGUGCCGCUCUGUUAGACCAGACCAGAUUCUUUCAACAGCCAAGAUUUACCACUAAUCGUAGCCAAUGAGGUAGAGAUUUAUAUAUGUGGGGUUUAGAGUUCAUAAAUACACUGUGUGCCCUUCACAAGAAACCCAGAGUACAUUUUGAAUAUAACAACUAAGCCCAUGAUGUUUGAUGUUUUAGACUUGGGAAUACUGAGGCUUGUUAUUGUCAUUCCAGUUUCUGGAUGCGUUUUCAUUGGUCAAAUGCAUAUCUCUGAAUAUUUCAUGUGAGUUUUGACAUGACUUAUUCAGUCUUGGGCUGUAAACACUCUGGAUAUGUUUUCUGAAACACGGUGGUGGCAGAUUUCUGAUAUCACUUGAUUAAACAACCUGCAGCCAGUCAUGCUUAAGUAUUUUGUUUGUUUUUAUUUAUUUAUCUUUUGGGUUUGACCUUUAAUGAUUACUGAUUCAGUCUCUUUGCUCAGCCUUAAGAUCUCAUAUUUGUUUUCUUUUUAAUCUUCAAGUGUGUAAAAUACCACAUCCACAGAAUAUCUCAUGUAGUCGACCAGAUUGAAAAGCUAAGUAUUUUGUCAUCUGGGGUAAUGAACAAACUGAGAAUCAGUCUGUCAUAAAAGACUUGAGCACCAUUGAUGGGAUGCUGGGUGUCAUCGAUCAGCCCCCCUUAAAUCCUGUGACUUCAGUUCCUUGGUUUCUAAACCUCUCAUCCCAGUCUGAUGGAGACGUGUCCUCUACUCCCCUCUAGAUGGCAGCAGUGGUGUCCGGCUGCUCCUGUAGGUGUCAUUUGUUUGUUUUUAAUUUUUUUCUCCCAGUAACAUGAUUUUGACUAAUGGUGAGUGAAACCCAGGCCAACACACUUCCCUGUUGUUGCUGGGUGGGUUUUGACAAAGCUGUGUUCUGUAUUUGUAUUUUUACUGAACAAAAAACAAUAAUUGUAAAUAUGUUUAAAAUGCCACACAAAUUCAAUAAAGAUGUUACAAAAAGUGAACGGGAUAAAAUUAAAUAA